AUGGAUUAGAAAAAAAAAAUCUCAUUUUUCUCCUAUAUGGUGCAUAUAUUUGUAAUUAUCUCUGGAACUUAAAUGUUUAGAUUGGAAAUAAAAGUAUUAGGGCUGAAAAAGUGAUUGACUCUUUUCCAAGUACUUUAGAGGUAGUAGAAAAUAUAUUCUCAGCAUUUAUUAGUAUGUAAUAUAAAGAAAUUUUUCUAAUAAGGAUUUAAAAACUAAUGAAAAGCAUUACUAAAUAAGGUAUAGAUAGAAAAUACAAAUUACAAGAAAACAACACAUAUGUAUUACUGGUAAUAAGGAAAUAACUAAAUGAUAUUUAAUAAAUACGUUGAAAUAUGAUUAUGUCAGUCCUCUGUGAAGACUUAGUAGGACUAGAUAAUUAGGACAGAACCUUCUAAGGAGUAAAAGAGCUGGAGAAAAAAAUACAUGUUUUAGUAUGCUUGAAGGCCUUGGAGAGCAAACAAGACAGUGAAGAGUUACCAGACUAAGAGAGGGCAGCAACCCAGUGAGCUAAGCUCAUUAUUUAAGCCUGCAGUGAACAUGAACAAACUAGGCUUUAUGCAGCAACACAGAUAAAUUUCACAGACAUGGUGAGCAAAAGCAGCUAGACACAAAAGAAUACAUGCUAUGAUUCCAUUUUAGGUAAAAAUUAAAGGGCAAAUAACACAGGCAGUUCUAAAUUAGAGGUACAUACUGGUGCACGUUUAAGUGGAAUGGUUUAAAAGAAAGAAGGAAGUGGUUACCAUGUAAAUCUGGAUAUUGGUUACUUUUAUGGUAGGGAUAUGAGGAUAUAGUGAUUGGGAAGGGCACUACUGUAUUGGGAGACUUUUGGGUACUGAUAAUUCUUGGCCUGAGUAGCAGUUUCACAGGUGUUUGCUUUGUGAUAUUAUUGAAAUUUGCAUUUCAUUUUUAUGUAUUAUUAUAAUUCAUGACAGAAAACAUUAAAAAUUAAAAUUCUUCUUCUACAUAACUGGGAGAAAAAGCCAGAAUUCUUAUGGUGACCUUCAAAGCCCUAAAUACCUGACCUCCUGUUAUAUCUCUUACCGCAGAUACCACUUUCCUUUCACAGCCCAUCUACUUCACUCUAUCCACACAAGCCUCAUUGCUGGUCUUUGAGCAUGCCAGAAAUGCUACUACAAGAGGGCCCUUAACACUUGCUUUAUUUCUUUAAGGACUUUCCUCAAAAGGCGUCCUUAUAGGGAAACCUGUUUAAUAUUACACUCUUCCCCUGUACUCCGUCUUCACCACCAUUGCUUAAUUUUUUUUGUAUAGUAUUUACUAACCUCUAAUAUACAUUAUACUUUUUUUUCACAAGUCGAUGGUAUUUAGUGUAUUCAUAUACAGUAUACUUUUUUAACUUGUUUGUCCCUUGACUCAAAUGUAAGGCAAGGAUACAAGUAGAGAUUUUGCUGUGCCAGGAUAACCUCAGCACCUAGAGCAGUGCCUGGUGAAUUGUAAACACCUAGAAAAUACUUAAAGGAUGAAUUUUCAGUCUAAGCAGUAGUUCAGAAAAGUAGUGCUCACUGCUCUUUUUACCAUUUUGUGACAUAAAAUGUCCGGUUUUAUUAUUAAAAUUGAAUAAUAAAAUCCCUACUAAAAAAGCAAAUAUUCCAUGUUUAGAUAGAUUAUAUAGCUGAUUUUGGAAUUAACUGAAAUCUGUAGUAGUCUAGUUCAAAUCGUUGUGAUUAUAUUGUAUCUUUAGUGUUUACUGUUGGGAUCAUCCAAAAAUGCUAUAUUAUAGUAUGCCACUUUUUGUGCCAGCUGAACUAAUGAUCAUGACCUUUGCCUUGGAAUUUAUCAUCUAAACUGAGCUGAAUCUAUUCUGUAUCUAUAUAUGGAAUUAAAUAGCAUAUACGCUUACCAGUAACGUCAUUCAUUUGUUGAAUGCUUGUUGAAUGGGAGGCAUUGUCCUAAAUAGUUUGCAUGUAUAUCUUCAUUUAAUCUUUGAAACACCUUAAGAGGUAAAUAACUUACAGAUAAGAAAACUGAAGCUUAAAAAGAUCAAAUAAUCAUUUUGGGGAGUGAAAGUAGUCCUGAGCUGUCAGGCUUCCGGAUACCAUGCUAUUAACCAUUACAUUAUGAAGAACGGGAAUUGUAGAGAGCAGUAAGCAAUUGAGAAAUCAUGAAUUGCUUCUAAAGAAUAAACCAAACAGAAUGUACUACUUUUCAUUGACUGAGAAGUUAAAUACUAGGUGAUUAGAAUAAUAAUAGUGAGCAAGUUAGAUGCGAUUUCUGCUAUCAAAAUGUUUACAUUCUAACAAGAAAGUUAUCUUUGAGUUUGGAGAUUGAAUUUCCACAUUUUAGGGUUUUUUAAAUAGAUUAACUAGCAUUGGACUGAGCUCAGUAUUUAUGAGACCAAUUCAUGAGAAGCUUGAGGUUUUAAGGGAGACUAUUGUGGUAGUCCUGGUAGGAUAAUUUCCUCUGCAGACGAAACCAAAUAAGCGUUAUGAAAUUGUAUGUUUACUGAAGGAGAAUUAUAUUGACUAAUGUAAAUUUGGAGAAACACUUUUUAAGCCUUAACUGUUUUUCUUUAUUAUAGCAGCUUCAUGGAGUUUGGCCACAAGAUGUUGUUGAUGGAACAUGUGUAGCAGUAAAUAACAAGUAUCGACUAAUGGCAUUUGGCUGUGUGAGUGGUUCUGUGCAGGUCUAUACAAUAGAUAACAGCACUGGAGCCAUGCUGCUAUCUCAUAAAUUAGAGCUAACAGCAAAACAGUAUCCUGACAUUUGGAACAAAACAGGAGCUGUUAAAUUGAUGAGGUGGUCUCCUGACAGUAGUGUUGUAAUAGUUACCUGGGAAUAUGGAGGCCUUUCUUUAUGGAGUGUGUUUGGAGCACAGCUGAUUUGUACACUUGGAGGAGAUUUUGCUUAUAGGUCUGAUGGCACCAAAAAGGAGCCCCUUAAGAUCAACUCCAUGAGCUGGGGUGCAGAAGGCUAUCACCUGUGGGUAAUCAGUGGAUUUGGCUCUCAAAACACUGAAAUUGAGUCUGACCUCAGGAGUGUAGUAAAACAGCCCAGCAUCCUGUUAUUUCAGUUUAUUAAGAGUGUACUCACCGUAAACCCUUGUAUGAGUAACCAAGAGCAGGUAUUGCUUCAGGGUGAGGAUCGCUUGUACUUGAACUGUGGAGAGGCUUCACAAACCCAGAAUCCCAGGAGUUCUUCAACACACUCUGAGCGUAAGCCCAGUCGAGAAAAGAGCCCAUUUUCAGAUGGAGGUUUAGAGUCUCAGGGAUUAAGCACUUUACUUGGACAUCGGCAUUGGCAUGUUGUACAGAUUUCCAGCACCUAUCUAGAGAGCAAUUGGCCUAUACGGUUUUCAGCUAUUGAUAAGCUUGGACAGAAUAUUGCUGUGGUUGGCAAGUUUGGUUUUGCACAUUACUCUUUACUCACCAAAAAAUGGAAACUUUUUGGAAACAUUACCCAGGAGCAAAAUAUGAUUGUGACAGGUGGCUUAGCCUGGUGGAAUGAUUUUAUGGUCCUUGCAUGUUAUAACAUAAAUGACCAUCAAGAAGAGCUUAGAGUAUACUUGCGAACAUCAAAUCUGGACAAUGCCUUUGCUCAUGUCAUCAAAGCACAAGCAGAAACAUUACUGCUUAGUGUCUUCCAGGACAUGGUAAUAGUAUUUAGAGCAGACUGUUCAAUAUGCCUUUACAGUAUUGAAAGAAAAUCUGAUGGUCCAAAUACUACUGCUGGUAUUCAAGUUCUUCAGGAGGUUUCCAUGUCACGCUACAUUCCUCACCCUUUCCUGGUAGUAUCUGUCACUCUGACAUCAGUGAGUACAGAAAAUGGAAUCACCUUGAAAAUGCCACAGCAGGCUCGUGGUGCAGAGAGCAUUAUGUUAAACCUAGCAGGACAGCUCAUCAUGAUGCAGAGGGACAGGUCAGGCCCACAGAUCCGGGAGAAGGACAGUAGCCCUAACCAAAGGAAACUUCUGCCAUUCUGUCCUCCUGUUGUACUAGCCCAGUCUGUUGAAAAUGUCUGGACAACGUGUCGAGCAAAUAAACAGAAACGUCACCUUCUAGAGGCCCUCUGGCUGAGCUGUGGUGGUGCAGGGAUGAAAGUUUGGCUCCCUCUAUUCCCGAGGGAUCAUCGCAAGCCCCAUUCUUUCUUGUCCCAGCGGAUCAUGCUGCCUUUCCACAUCAACAUUUACCCCCUAGCUGUUCUGUUUGAAGAUGCUUUAGUCCUUGGUGCUGUCAAUGACACUUUGCUCUAUGAUUCUUUGUAUACUCGGAACAAUGCUAGAGAACAGCUGGAGGUGCUCUUCCCUUUCUGUGUUGUGGAGAGAACCUCUCAGAUCUACCUCCACCACAUUCUACGUCAACUUCUGGUCAGAAACCUUGGGGAGCAAGCCUUGCUCUUGGCCCAGUCCUGUGCCGCAUUACCUUACUUCCCUCAUGUGCUGGAGCUCAUGCUCCAUGAAGUACUGGAAGAAGAAGCUACCUCACGGGAGCCCAUUCCCGACCCUCUCCUUCCCACUGUGGCAAAAUUUAUCACCGAGUUCCCCCUCUUCCUGCAGACAGUUGUCCAUUGUGCCAGGAAGACUGAAUAUGCCCUGUGGAAUUACCUUUUUGCAGCUGUUGGAAACCCUAAGGACUUGUUUGAGGAAUGUUUGAUGGCUCAGGAUUUGGACACAGCUGCCUCUUACCUUAUUAUCUUACAGAAUAUGGAAGUCCCUGCAGUAAGUAGGCAACAUGCCACCCUUCUAUUCAAUACAGCAUUAGAACAAGGCAAGUGGGACCUUUGUCGACACAUGAUUCGAUUUCUUAAAGCCAUUGGCUCUGGAGAAUCUGAGACACCUCCAUCCACACCCACAGCUCAGGAACCCAGUUCAAGUGGUGGAUUUGAGUUCUUCAGGAAUCGAAGCAUCAGUUUAUCCCAGUCAGCUGAAAAUGUUCCUCCCGGUAAAUUCAGUUUACAGAAAACACUAAGCAUGCCAUCUGGUCCCUCUGGAAAAAGAUGGAGCAAAGACAGUGACUGUGCUGAGAACAUGUAUAUUGACAUGAUGCUGUGGAGACAUGCUCGGCGCCUCUUAGAAGACGUGAGGUUAAAGGACCUUGGCUGCUUUGCAGCUCAGCUGGGCUUUGAACUAAUUAGUUGGCUUUGCAAGGAACGUACCCGAGCUGCCCGGGUAGACAACUUUGUAAUAGCCCUGAAGAGACUCCACAAAGAUUUCCUGUGGCCACUUCCAAUUAUCCCAGCCUCUUCUAUCAAUUCUCCUUUCAAAAAUGGAAAAUAUCGAACUGUGGGAGAGCAGCUGUUAAAGUCUCAGUCAGCUGACCCAUUUUUAAACCUUGAGAUGGAUGCUGGCAUCUCCAACAUCCAGCGAAGUCAGAGCUGGCUCAGCAACAUUGGCCCCACACAUCAUGAGACAGACACAGCUUCAUCCCAUGGACCACAAAUGCAAGAUGCCUUCCUGUCACCUUUAUCUAAUAAAGGUGAUGAAUGCAGUAUUGGUUCAGCCACAGACUUGACUGAAAGUAGCUCCAUGGUGGAUGGAGAUUGGACAGUGGUGGAUGAAAAUUUCUCUACACUCAGUUUAACUCAGUCAGAGCUGGAGCACAUUUCCAUGGAGUUGGCCAGUAAAGGGCCUCAUAAAUCCCAGGUCCAGCUUCGGUAUUUGCUACAUAUUUUCAUGGAGGCAGGGUGCCUGGACUGGUGCAUUGUUAUAGGCCUGAUUCUUAGAGAAUCCUCAGUAAUCAAUCAGAUUUUGGUUAUUACACAGUCUUCAGAGGUAGAUGGAGAGAUGUUACAGAACAUAAAGACAGGGCUACAUGCAGUGGACCGAUGGGCAUCUACAGACUGUCCUGGAUAUAAGCCAUUUUUAAACAUCAUUAAGCCACAACUGCAGAAGCUCAGUGAGAUAACAGAAGAGCAGGUCCAGCCAGAUGCCUUCCAACCAAUAACUGUGGGUAAGACUCCUGAACAGAGUAGCCCCCGGGCAGAGGAGACCAGGGGCUCCUCCAGCCAUGGAAGCAUCCCCCAGGGUGAAGUCGGGAGUAGCAGUAUGGUCAGCCGGAAAGAGGAGGACACAGCUGAAGCAGAGGAGGAAGAACCUUUUCAGGAUGGGACUUACGACUGUUCUGUGUCCUAACAGUGAGGUUCCCAUCACAAUGGGGCAGUAUUAAUUAGCAGCAGCAUGCAACUCUACGUUGUAACCUAGUUGGCUGAUUUAACAGGAGAACUCAGUUCAGAGACUCUUUGGUAAAGUAUUACUAGAUUUUAACUAAUUCUUGUCUAAGAAAUCUUUUUGACUCCAUAAAAAUGUGAUAUAAAGCAUCUUUCAUAAAAAAUUUUUAAGCUGCAGUGAAAAGUAAAUAUUGUACAGAUGUACAUGGGAAUAUUUUGGUUUUACUCAGAGGUUGGUAGCUCUUAAACCAUAGGAAUUGUUUUGUCCUAGGUGAGCUUACUUUUUCACUACUUACAGCUUCUUAUGUUUCCUGGUUCUGCAUAUGUCCAGACUGCUUUUUUAAAAAAAUGCUAAGGUGCUUGCUGUAGUUUAUCAGGUACUUAAGCUACCUACCUGUUUGCUCCCUUGGAUAGAGCUCGCUGGACUCCUUAAACAGUCCUCCUGAAUAGAUAUCUACCCUGGAGCACAGUAUGUGCCAGUGUGAUAGAAACAUUCUCCUUGGCUUUACUAGCCCCUUAAAUCCCAGUCCAGAAUUGAUGGAAGCUAUUGACCUGUGAGUUGAUGUGCUUGUUUUAGCAAGCUUGAUUCCCAUUAGAUCAGUGUGGGCACAGGUCUGAGGGAUUCUUCUCAAUUAUGCUGUUAGAUACCACUAAACAAUUUUAUAUUAAGGAACAGUAUCUUUUUGUGAAUACUCUUGUGUAGAUAUACCCAAAGGCACUGUUCAUAUUUUUAGGGCUUGUAUUGUAAUUUGUAAGCUUUUAAUGCUGGAUUCUGCAUGUCUACAAAGAUAGAGCUUGCUCCUCUUUGCAAGUUGAGGAAGACAGAUUUUUUUGGGUUGGUCAUGAAGUAACAGAAAUGAUCACACUGAUCAUGAAAUGCAGCAGGUUUUGUGCAAAUUAAUGUAGUUUUAUUUAUUGCUUUUGUAAAUUGAAUAAAGAUGGACUUCUAUGUAAAUAGACUGCUGAAUCCUGUAUUAUCACAGCUACUAAAAAUUAGUAUGUAAAGAAUGCAUUCUUCAUUGUAAACUUAAAAUAUUUUAUGUACUUCUAGAAAUGACUUAAAUUUGUUUUCAUACAUUAUGAAAACAGAACUGCAUACUCCUUAAUUGCUUUAGACUAAAUACACACAUCCACUGUAUGUAAUUCUAAUUAACUUAUAACAGUAUUAAUUUAGACAGCUUGUUUGUACUGUGCAAUUUGAACAAGGAAUGCAAUGUUAUUUUUUACAAAAAACUUGUUUAUUUUUAUAAUAACGAUGUAUUUGAUGUGGACCAAAUUCGUACCACUAUCUAAAACAACCCCUUUUUUCAUAGUGCAAUUGUAGUUUAGAAACAAAACUUGGUCCUGUCUCCUUGCUUUUUAAAGUAAAUGGCUAGAUUUAGUUGUCUUAACCAGGUUUCCUUUGAAGAAAAACUCAAAACCGUUUUGAAACUGCUUAGUUCAGAAUUCUUCAAAGUAUUUAAAAUUACUGAGUUGGGUAAUAUCCUAUCAUUUACUUUUACAUUACAAGUGCAAUAAUUUCACAAAAUAAAACUCCCAAAUGGGUGGAGUAUGUGAUUAUUGGUACCUGGUCCUUCUGGUGCUAUUUUUAUUUAAGUUUUUGUUUCAAACCACCUUUCCCUGAAUCUUAAGAUAAUGUUUUGCAUGUGAGUACAUGCAGCCCAGCAAGAAACUGAACUCUCUUCUCCUGUUGUAGUCCAUUAAGGAGAAGAACCAGCAUUGCUUUUGUGUUUGGUGUGAAUAUUCAGUCAAUAAAAAUGAUUUACCAUUAUAAAGAGCUGUGAUCUUCUCAAAUAUCUUAAAUAAAACACUGUGCUACUGAGUUCAUCUCAUUCUUGAAAGCAGGGCACCAGUAAGUUAACUGUAUUCCUAUGGGUUAGGCCAUGAAUCUUUUUUUUUAAAAUAAAAUAUUCCUUUUUCAACUAAUAGAAAUAGGUCCCACAGCAAGAAAUUUGGUAGGUUUACAGAAAAUUUGGUAAUUUAUUUGUUAUAUAAUUUAAUUUUUACAACUCCAUUUUUAUUUUGUUGUGUUGCUUGGUUCACAUAUCAACUGUUUAAGCCAUAAUUUUAGCCAAUGAAUUUAAAUAUUCAGUAUAAUUAUUUGAGGUUUACUAGAUGCAUUUAUUAAUAAGUUAUUUGCUGAAACCAAAACAGGAAGUCAUUGGGGUAUGGGAAUAAAAUCAACCUUUGCUUUGUAAUUAAAGUUGCUGCUAUUUCUGUAAUGUGUAUUUUUCCCCACUUUGUAAAGGGCAAUAAAACCAUUACAAAAAGUUUUGUUUAUUCAUCAUCUCAGGUUAACAACAAAAGCCAUGAAAAUCAUCUUUUCAUUAUAUAAUUCUGUUUCUUAGAAUUUUCCUUACGAAGUAACUAGAAAUUCAGACCACUUUAUUUAAAAUAUUUGUUUGUAUGUAGAUUUAGAAUGGGAACGUCAAGAGUUGGCAACAUUCUAGAUGCCUAACAGUAAUCUAUUGGUGGAAACAGUCCAUAUCGAUGACACGGAAAAUGUUCAAAGUAUAAUGAAGAAAUGACAGAAAAUUAUGUAUACCGUAAGAUACCCCACGAAGCAAGCAAAAUUUUACAUGUAAGUAUAGAGGAACCUAGGUGUCAUUUCUAAUAAGUGGGAUUAAAAAUUACUUUGACUUUUUCCCAUUUUCCUAAAUAUGCUUUGUCUCCAUGGAUUUGCCUAUUCUGGACAUUUCAUCUAAAUGGAAACACACAGUAUGUGGACUUCUGUCUCACUUGGCACCAAAACAUGUUAUUGUUAGUUUGGCUGUAGCCAUCCAAAGUUGUAUAUGAAGUGGUAUCUCAUCAUAGGGAUUUUCAUUUUCCUAAUGGCUAAUGUACAUCUUCUCGUAGGAUUAUUAGCCAUUUGUAUAUCUUUGAAGAAAAAUGUCUACUUAUGUCAUUUCAUUAUUCAUUUGCUGGAGUUCUUUAUGUUCUAAAUACUAUUUUAUAUAUAUAUAAAUUGCAGAUAUUUCCUCAUUCUGUUGGCUUUCUUUUCACUUUUUUCCCCUAGGCUUCAAUAUUCAAGGUUUUGUUUUUUUUUUUUUUUAAAUGAUGUUAAUUACAGCAUUUGAAAAGGAAGAUAAAAUUCCACACAAAAUAGAAGACUCUAAAAUGUACCCAUUAAUACUGCUAAAAAACAAAUUGGUAAGAAUACAACAGAAGUCUGAUUUAGGUUCUGAGUGUCGUCACCAUGUGAUUACAAUCACACAGUCUUUCAUUUCACUUUCAUUUUGAUUAAGUCAAACUUUUUUUUCUUUGGUUGCUUGUGCCUCAUCCAGUGUUAUGAAUAUUUAUGCCUAAGUUUUAAGAGUUUUAUAGUUGCAUCUCCAGUUUUGUAUAUGAUAUAAAAGAUAUGAUUUCAUUCUUCUAACAUGUGGCUACUGUCAGAGCACCAUUUAUUGAAAAGAUUUUUUUCCCAUUGUCAAAAAUCAAUCAAGUAUAGCUAUAUGAGUUUAUUCAUAGACUCUUAAUUGUAUUAUGAUGAUCUGUAAUCUCUUCCUAUGCACAUACCACAUUGCCUUGAUUUCUGUUGCUUUGCAGGAAAUUUUGAACGUGGGAGUCCUAAGUUUGUUUUUUCUAGGCUGUUUUGGCUAAUCUAGUUCCUUUCUAUUUCCGUAUGAAUUUUAGGAUCCGGUUAUCAAUUUCUCUACUAAACUAAAGGCAUUUGAGAUUUUGAUAAGGACUGUAUUCAUGACAUAAAGCAAUGUGGAAAAUAUUGCCAUAUUAAUCCUUCCAGUCCAUGAACAUGAGAUGUCUUUCCAUUUAUUGGGUUUUUAAUGUCUUUUAACAGUGAAUUAUAGUUUUUAGUAAGUCUCAUACUUUUAUUAUAUUUAUUCCUAAGUAUUUUAUUCUUAAUGCUAUUGUAAAAAAGUGGAAUUUUCUGGUUUUGGAUUGCAUAUAUAAAUACAGUUGUUUCUGUAUAUUGACAUUGCAUCAUGCAACACUGAACUUUUCUUUUUCAUGGAUUACUUAGGCUUUUCUGUAUUGACGGUCAUGUUGUUCGCAACCAGAGACAGUUUAAACUCUGCCUUUUCCAUCUGGAUGCCUUUUCUUUCUCCUGACAAACUGUCCUGGAUAGAGCCACCAGUACAAUGCUUUAUUAAAUGGCAAUAGUGGACAUCCAUGUUGUCUUCUGAUAUUAGGAAGAAUCUUCCUUUCAUCACUAAUUAUGAUGCUAACUGUGGGUUUUUCAUAGAUAGCCUUUAUCUGGUUGAGGAUGUUCCCUUAUGUAUAGUUGGUCUUUAAUAAAGACAAACCCACGUGACUGUU